AGACGCUUGUUUUGGGAGAGCGAGUGAGAGAAAGACAGAGAGAAAAAGAGAGAGAGGGGGGGAAGAGAGAAAAAAAGGAGACGAGAAGGGGGGCUCUAAGCGGAAGAAAAACGCUGCUCCUCCAUCGAUUGAUGCUCCUGCUUUUCCCGUGUCAACCUUUUUAUUUUUUAAAUUUUCAAUAAUGUCCACCCCGGCGAGGAGACGGCUUAUGAGGGAUUUUAAAAGACUUCAAGAGGACCCCCCUACCGGUGUGAGUGGAGCGCCUUCGGAGAACAAUAUCAUGCUCUGGAAUGCUGUUAUUUUUGGGCCCGUCGGCACGCCAUUUGAAGAUGGAACGUUUAAGCUUCUUAUUGAGUUUUCCGAGGAGUACCCGAACAAGCCUCCUACGGUUCGCUUCGUCUCCAGAAUGUUUCAUCCUAAUGUGUAUGCUGAUGGCAGUAUAUGUUUAGACAUCCUCCAGAACCGCUGGAGCCCUACUUAUGACGUUUCGUCCAUACUCACCUCCAUCCAGUCGUUGCUGGACGAGCCCAACCCAAACAGCCCAGCCAACAGCCAGGCAGCGCAGCUCUACCAGGAGAAUAAGCGCGAGUACGAGAAGCGAGUGACGGCCAUAGUGGAGCAGAGCUGGGUAGACGUGUGAGACUUCAACCCAAAUUUCCACUUCCUCCCACUCGUUCAUUUUACCUCGCGUGUGUUUGUGUGCGCGCGUGCACGUGUGGAGAUGCGCAUAUCACAAGAACUCAACAAGUGCCACCCUACAAGAAAAAACGUGAAAAAAUACAAAGGACAUUACGUUAAGGGAGCGAGGUGGAAUCGUUUUUUUUCUUUUGACUUUUUUUUUUGUAAUUGCAUGUUGUGAAAUAAGUUAUUGCUAACAGAACUUGUAAUAUAUCUUUGUGGGGUUUUUGUUUAGUUUGAUACGCUGUAAGUGUGCUGCUGCUGCUUGGUUUGUUUGGAAAUGGCAGUUUUCAUGACCAAAAUCUUUCAUCUUUUUAAUUUUUUUCCCCUCAUCCCUAAUGUAUUUUUUAAAGCCUUUUGAUUGGAUAGUCUUUGUUUUUGAAUCUCUAAAGAACAACCUGUUAUUUUAAGAUGAGUCUCACAAUGACUGAGGUUUUCCCGAAGAGGAGCAGUGGAGGACAAAAAGGCUAAGUUUGUAAUCCAAUUUUUUCCCCUCUGACAUCCAUGUCGGAUGUAAAAGGACGGAAAGACUUUUAACUCUGUAUCCAAAUGAAAAAGGCUGGGAAAUGGCGACAAAAACUAAAGUAGGAGACUGCCGUUGUGGCGUCAUGUAUGUAGGAUUUGUUCCGACUGAGCAGGAGGGACAUGUUACAUUUGUCAAAGGAAAGUGUAUACUUAUAACAAUAUGCUGUAUAAAAAAUAAAACACAUUUUUUCAGACAUUCGUCUCAUCAUGGAUGCAUCUGCUCGAUGCUCUCUUGUGGUUAAGUGAGUUUAAAGUCCCUUUUAU